CAGUAUCAGUCGCCUGCUGGUACCACGCAGCCAGGAGACUAAAGUUCAUUUCAAAGAAUAAACUGUACCAGAUCCAAGGAAGUCUGGGAAGACUACGUUUCCAGGACUGGAAAAGCUAUGACAGACACCAACAAAAUGAUCAUCAAUUUGGCUAUCUUUGGCACGACGCAGAGUGGAAAAAGUUCGGCUGGGAAUAUUCUUUUGGGAAGUGAUGACUUCUACAGCAGUCUCUCUCCAGGCUCUGUAACCACAGAGUGCAGCCUGGGCCGCAGUUGUCACCUCCGCAGCUUCAUGCGUCGAGGGGGACAAGAAAUAACCCUACAGACACAGGUGUUGGACACUCCAGGGUAUCCACACAGCAAGCUGAGCAUGAAACAUGUAACACAGGAAGUCAAGAAGGCCCUGACAUAUCACUUUGGGCAAGAGGGUCUCCAUCUUGCUCUGCUGGUCCAGAGAGCUGAUGUGCCUUUCUUUGGACAGGAAGCGUCUAGCCCAGUCCAGUUGAUCCAGGAACUUCUGGGAGAUUCUUGGAAGAACCACACUGCUGUUCUUUUCAGCCAUGCAGAAAAAAUAGAAGAGGCGGGGAUCAGUGAAGACAAGUAUUUGCGUGAGGCUCCUGAAGCGCUGCUGACUCUGCUGCGCUCUGUUCAGCAGAGGUAUACUUUCCUGUACGAAAGAGGAAACUCGUGCAAUGAAGAGAGAGUUAAAAUCUUAGAAACAAUCAUGGAAUUUAUAAAAGAAAAUCAUUAUCAAGUUCUCAGUUUUACAUAAAACUUAAGCAAAAAGAAAAGUGCACUAGGUAUCUAUUAGGGUCAGGAAUCUGAUUUUAAAAUCUGCCUUUGUUCACACGAAUAGUGGAGAUGAGAAUUCUCUUCAUGGCUGUAUAGCUAUUUUGGAAAAUUGUAAAUAAAAAGUUAUGAUACAGAUUCAAGAUUUCUAUUGCAAAUCUCACGAUGUCAGAAUUAUAUUCAUAAGUAUUUAUCUGACAGAAAGUGAACUUUUGUGUAUUAAGAAAGAUGCAUAUAUAAGAAUGCUCAUGCUGGCACUAUUCAUAAUAGUUAAAAACUGAAAACUAUCCACAUGUUCAUGAAUAGAAUGAUGUGUAAACUGUAGUAUAUUCACACAGUGAGGUGCUACAGUAAUGAAAAUGAGCAAAAUUAAUCAUCUCUAACAGUAGAGUCAACUACAAUGUCAAUAGAAAGAAGCCAGACAUGAAGUGUGCUUUAUGACUUCAUUUAUACAAAAAUCAGAAACAGUCUAAAUGAAUGCUACCUAACCACUCUGGAGGUAUAAGUUCUGGAGAUCAGGAGAGCAGAAGGAUGCUGUGGGGUAGCCUUCAGAGAUUUUAAUAAUGCUAUUCCCUGGUUUGGAUGCUGUUCCAUAGAGCAUGUACCUUGUGAAAAUGAAGCAAAAUUUCUUGUAGUUUAUAAGCUCCUCACUAUAUUUGAAUACAAACCAAAAUGAAUAAAUUUUCCUCAUUUUUAAGAAAUUAAUCUCAUUACUUACUUGAUACAAGAGACGGAAAAUUGUAUGACCUUGCCAGGGUAUGUUUCCUUUCUUGGAAUACAUACUCCAUAGUUACUGCAAUGAUUACAUGAAUUGGCAUGUGACAGAGACUCGGUGCUAGGUUUCCUCUCUGCUUUAGGGAGACCUCCUGCCUCUAUUUAGGGUUAGAAAUAUUAAGGAAAACUCAGAGCAAGCUCUUUAGCAAAUCCCUAUACUUGCUGCCCUAGCUGACUAUAAGUGCAGUCUUGACUGAGGAAGGAGGGGCCUCUCCGGUCAUUUGUUUGCCUUGCUAUCAAGUAUCAAGGUGGUUUGACCAUGUAAGAGUGAUCUUCAGGGUGGUUUGAAUACACCAGUAAUAAGGAAAGAACAGCAAUUCUAGCUAUCAAGAGACAAAUCUAUCACCAAGGCAGAAUCAUAUCACCUUCACCUGUGAUCAGAUAACAAUCUUCCCAGAGUGCCACUAAUUUAUAAACUGUUUUCAAAAAGUUAAAUUACAUUUUUAUUUAUUUUUUACUGUGGUAGCCUGUAGUAAUUUCCAUUCGAGACAGGAUUAUAACUGAUGGGUUUUCUCCAAAAGCAGUUCUCAAAAGGCUACUUUUAUGCUCACUAUUAUUUAAACUCUAGCACAGAUGAUGAUUAUUAAAUAAACCAUCACCUUCCUACUUGUUAGAUAGAUAGCUAAAGAGAGUAUCAGAGAUUGAGCCUUAAUUCUCUCCCAUUAUUUUAUUAUAUCUUUGCCUUUAUUACAAGGCACUAGAAUGGUUCGAUGAUAAUGGGUGCUUAAUUGAUACAUAACAUUUAUACAUCUUUAUAGCAUAUUGUGGGAAUUCAACGCAUGUUAUAUACUAUGUAAUGAUAAAAUCAGGAUAAUAAGCAUUUGAUCUUUUAAAUUAUCAGUCAUUUUUAAUGGUUGGGAAUUUUGUACUUCUCUAGUCAAUUUUAAAUAUAUCAUAGACAAACUAGGCAUGUAACCUAGUAGUAUAGUGCUUGCCUAGCUUGCGAAGGCCCUCAGUCCAAUCCUGUCAAGGCAAAAUCAGAACAACAAAAUGAAAUGGUAUUUGUGGGAAGAGGUGGGGUGAAAGUGAUGGGCACGCAUUUCAUGUCUGUGUGCCAUGUAACAGCUUUAAUAAAGAACAAAAAGGAAAAGUCUAGUAACUUACAAUAUUGUUAUCUUGCGCUCCAUGAAAAAAACACAAGGAAUUUCCCGAACUCUGAAAUUUGCUACAUUUCUUCGUAUCCAGAAGUUCAAGCUUUCUGGAUUAUUUUUCGUUUUGUACAAGAUUUCCUGAUAUUAUCAGAAUGAUUUUUCUAACACUUCCCUCAAAUUAUUUUGUAGCCUGGGUACACAAGUGUUUUGUCAAAUAAAAUUGUUACUAAAUCAUCUUUCUUAAAGCACACAGGAUGAUACCCUCAUUUGCCCUUAUUUGUUUUAUGGUCCUGUUAUUUCUUAUAUUUUCUCACUCUUUCCUAUCUUUUUGCUAAUUGGAUAAUUUGAUAAUAUCUGUGAUGUUUUGGAAGUUCUACUGGAAUUCAUAUGCUUAACAGGAAUCAGGUACAUAUUUCCUACCACUGUUUGAUAACAGAGUCACAACUAUUUGUUCAAGAAAUACUCCAUCCCCGUGGAACUAGCACCUGCAGGAUACUGUCAUCCCCCCCUUAUACUUUUCUACCAUCCGCCCACAUAAGACAGCUUAGGAAUGUAUUUUCCCCAUAUAACUGAAUUCUGUGGAGGCAACUAAGACUUUCUCUUGUGCGCUGUUUCAAGGGUCAGCUUAUACCACUUAACCUGCGCACCCCUGGUAGUUUAUCAUUAUCUUUUUAAAAAUAUUAUUUAUCAGUAUAUACAAUACUAAGUUUUGUUAUGUAUUUUCAAAUAUAACUUGAUUUUGUUGAUUUGACUCUUCCCCUUUUCCCUCUACGUGACUCCUCAAUACUAGAAACUCACAUCUUUACCUUGUCUUCAUAUUCCUCAAUGUCUCUAGUGAGUGUUUUCUCCAGCAUACUCUGUCUGCAUGCCUGCAUAUUCAAUGCUAAAUCCCAAGCAUAUCCUUGCAUGAACAGUGUGUUUCAGCAGUCCUGGGUCUUCCAUGAUAAUCAGUGUAAGGAAUGUAAAAGAAUGUGUCCAUGGGAAUAGGGUAGCUGACUCUUACAAGUCACUGAAGUGAACCCUUACUGCUGUACUCUCCCUGAGGCUGAGCUGUGCAGCUCUUUCUGGGUGAUAGUUCAUAUAUUUAUCCACAAACUUAAUCAUUUCUGAAAAUAACUGCAAAUCAUAAGACACUCAUGUGAAAAGAAUUAGCUCUAGGCAAAACAAAUGGCAUUGUGAUGGCUGUCCUUGGGUGUCCUGGCACCUUUUUGAUUGGUGCCUUUUAUUUGCAAUUUUUGUGUUCUUCAGAUGUCCAAUCUGGAUGGUAGCCUCCUCUGCAUAACAACAAAUUUUUGCUGAAUUUUAGACUGGAAAGGUUUUGAACAUUUUGAAGCUCAUAGGAUAGUGUACUUGAAUUUCUGAGUUCAUAGGAUGGUGCUUUUGAGAAGCUGGGGCCAGAGCGUGAUCAGCGCAUGCCCUUUUGGGGACCUUAGUGAUCACCUCCCAAAACCAACCAGCUCUAAAACUUACUGGGUUAGUUUUUCUAGAUAUAAAACCUCAAUGAACGAUUUCUGACAUGAUUCCUGUUUUGACCUUCUUUCCUUUUUAAGUUAUUGUAGAUGCAAAAGAAUCACAACUCCUACCUCAAAGUAAAUCCCGUAGAGAUAUUCAAUUAUGGAGCCAAUUAGAACGGGCUAUGGCCCAGGAGCAGAUUUCAGACCUCAAAUGCCAUGUUUAAAGGUGAUAACGGUUUUAUCUUGUAUUUAUGGUAAUAGAAAAUGACUCCAACAGAUAAGAGAGUGGAAGCAACAGGGAGGUGGUUACAGAAAGGCAUGGAGAUCUCUUCUGUGGGCCUCAGAUCUAUCCAACAACAACCUUAGCCCACUGGUGGGUUACAAAGGAGGAACCUGCUCGCUCCUACUUUCAAAAGGAUUUACCUACUGGUCAUGAAGAUGUUAAGUCUGGUACUGAGGAGGAAAGUAAAUGGUUCUUCAGUGGGCUAAAGGGGACCCAACUCGGCUCUGGACUUAAAACAUUCCAACUUCUGCAUAUCACUCAAGUUCUAACCAGUAAAUCAACUUUGCUUCACUGAAGGUUCAGUGGAAGAUGACGUUCUCUUCAGAAACUUGGCUUCAUGUUUUUUUUUUUUAAUUUUUGUUUUAUUUUGUUUUGUGAUGUGGGGUGUCCUUCUGUAUAUGUGUUGCUUUUACUGGUUAAUGAAUAAAGCUAUUUUGACCAAUGACUUAGCAGAGUA